UUCAUCAAUAUAUCUGGCUCACUGGUGACUUCAUUCCAUUGCCUCAAGGCCCGAGGCAGGCUUCAAAGCGCCUCGUGCCGAGAAACGAAGUAGUUCCUGCAUUCUCGUCAUCUACCCGGCCAGCGGAUGCAGUCUUCUCUUCCGGCAUGCAUGAUCCAUCGUCUCUAUGGUUCAAGAGUAGUCUCCCUCGGGUAGUUUUUGGAGCUCGCAAUGAGUAAAUAACGGGUGGUCUCGCCCCCACCACUCCACGUUGAACCUGGUCAUCCUCGCGAACAAGCAUCUCGACAUGGCAUGCCAACAAUAUGGCAGCAACACACGCACAGUGUGCCAUGUACCCGGGCUUCUCAGCGUCCUUCGGCGAGACCCUUUACGUCCAUAUGCAGAUCGGUUUUCAGAUAACAUGACAGAUGUUGUUGCGGCCGAUACCUUGAAGCUUGGGGAUCAGAUGUAUAUAAGAUCAAGCGAACUCACCAGAGAAUGAUCAAUGGGUUCCUCAUCAGAUACACUUCCACUUACAUCGCCGAUUUCGUUCAGAUCACAACUCCUUAGGCCUCACUUCUCAAGUUUUUACGCCCCCAAAGUAUCACGCUGUAUUCAAAAAGUCUCAGCCGUAGGACAUUCCGUUAAACGGAUCUGGACGGCCAAACUCUGCUACUACAACCUUUUUUGGAAUAAUAACGAGCGCAAAAAACUUGCCCACCAAAACCACCAUCUCAAGAUGUGCGACUGGGAGGAGUUCCUCUUUACCUGCCACCACUCCGUUCUACGGCUCAAAUCGUACUGCCACUUUGCCCGCAACGACCCCGGCCACCAAUGCUUCGGCGUCAAGGUCCUUCGCAACUCGUGGCAGCAGAGCGUCCCGUGCGAUAACUGCAUCUUGUCCUGGCAGGAUCAGGGGCACCCGCAUUUCGCCGCCGGGCAGCACCGCCAGCAAGAGUUUAUUGGCGGCGAGCAGCAACGUCGUCAUUAAGUCAGUUCAGUGACGUCCCAUCUGUUAAAAGUAUCCUUGCGCGCCAGAAUAAAGUAGCGUGGAUUGUGUUCAUUGGGUGAAAUGCGAGUAUCUUGGAGACGGAGCCUUCAUAUGCACGUCGGAUUGUUCAUACAGCAACUGUGAUUUCCGAAAACGUUUCAAUAAGCAGAGAUCUCAAGGGACUCUCCACCCCACAGAAUUCUAGGUUUACUUAAUUUUGGGGGGAAAUGGUAGACCGAAAAGGAUCUGGUGGCCACGCUCAGUGUAGUUGUCCUCUUUUCCCAUUUCUUACAGGAGAGUCGGUCGGAUGACAGCGUUUAUCUGUUUAAGCAGGAUGAUGAGCAGCCUGAGAUGCUGUGGUACAUGAAUCUAGAUUUCUGUAGGAACGACCC